AUGUCCACCGGUGGUGCUGGCAGGACAAUGUUGGCCUAUGGAUCGGCCAAUGGAUUGGUGGCUGCCAAUGGUUCGGCAUCUCAGGCUAAGGUGCCUCUAUGGGGCAAUAGGGAUAAAUCAGCAUUGCCACUGCCUCCUCCCAUAUCCUCUGAUACUCUUCGCACAGAGUUGGCACUGUUCAUGGAGGUUGUGGAUGUAGUAGACCUCCAAGGGGUGCAAGGGAAAGGAGAUGUCCAGAUGCCCAGAGAUCAUUGGACCAGGGUCUUGACUGGUCUGGAGGCAGAGUGGGAACUCCUUGGGGCUGGGGGUGCAGGCUGGGGCUGGCUGGCCCCAGAGGUCAUCAGCAAGGAGAGCCUCAUGGUGAGAGUGGGCCUCCAGCCAAUGUACGAUCCUUCUCUCCCUACUCCAUGCACAGCGCACCUCCAGCUGCUGACAGAUCCUUUUAAGAACGUCAUCAAAGGUGAGGGGGGCAGCAGGAUUUGUGCUACCACCAUGGUGGGAUGGAGAAUAGGGUGGUGGAGGAGUGUUGUCCUCCAGUAG